AUGAUAGAGUUAAUGGACGUAUUUCAACGACGUGUUAACGGAUCCGUGGAUUUCUAUAACAAUUUUGCCUCAUAUGAAAAUGGCUUCGGAAACUUACAUGGGGAAUUCUGGCUUGGUUUAAAGAACAUACAUGAUUUGACAUCAAACACAAAUUCAGAACUUCGGAUUGACCUGAUGGCGGCAAAUGGAUCCACGGCGUAUGAAGUGUUUCAGAACUUCACGUUGUCCGCAGCACCCUAUUACAAACUCCAAAUAAACCAAGGAAAAGGAUCUGCGGGUGAUUCAGGCAAUGGAUUGUCCUUUCACCAAGGAUAUAGCUUCUCCACGUUUGACAACGAUGAUGCGCACAGUUGUUCCAAGAAAAAUCAUGGAGCCUGGUGGUAUCACCAAUGUUCGCACGUUAAUCUCAAUGGUAGAUAUGUUACGCCUGGAACAGUAUCGCCCGGCGGAUUCAGCCGUGGAGAGGAUGGGAUUAUUUACGACAAUUUUAUAUUUCGUGAGUCAUUAAAGGAAACGAAAAUGAUGUUCAGGAGAGUUAAGACCCUUAAAAUGGAAUAAUACAUAUUUAUCCCAUCAUCAGACGUGCAUUGUCGAAAUAAACCACUGUGGAAUA